CUGUCUCUCUCUCUCUCUCUAUGUCUCUCUCUCUGUCUCUGUCUCUCUCUCUCUCUCUCUCUCUCUCUCUCUGUCUCUGUCUCUGUUUCUCUCUCUCUCUCUCUCUCUAUGUCUCUCUCUCUCUCUCUCUCUCUCUCUCUCUCUGUCUCUGUCUCUGUCUCUGUCUCUGUCUCUGUCUCUCUCUCUCUGUCUCUCCCCAGGUGGUCCAGUUGCUGCUGUGUGACCUGCUGCUGGUGAUGCGGACCAACGUGUGGCGUCUGCAGCAGAGCUCCAGUCCCGGGGGUCUCUCCUUGCAGGCCUCCCCGGCCGAGCUGCACGGCUUCCAGCAGGACCUCUCCUCCCUCAGGAAACUGGCCCAGAGCUUCAGGCCCGCCAUGCGCAGGUUGUUUCUUCAUGAGGCAACCGCCAGGCUGAUGGCUGGGGCCAGUCCCACGCGGACACAUCAGCUCCUGGACCGCUCGCUCAGACGCAGAGCCACCCCCGGAGCAAAGACAGAGGAGUGUGAGAUGCGUCCUGGCCAGAGGGAGCAGGCUGAGGCGGUAAUGUUGGCGUGUCGCUACCUGCCUCCCUCCUUCCUGUCGGCACCGGGGCAGCGGGUGGGCAUGCUGGCGGAUGCAGCCCGGACACUGGAGAAGCUGGGGGACAAGCGCACCCUUCACGACUGCCAGCAGAUGAUCAUUAAGCUGGGCAGCGGCACCACUGUCACCUCUGCCUAGACUAUACAGAGAGACAGACCAGCCCCCCCCCCCCCCCCCCCCCCCCCUCUCACACACACACACAAAUGGAUGAAGGAGGUUUUUGGCAUUUGGCCUGCGGCUGACGAACAGACAUACAGACAGUCUAACUAGACAUUGAGAAUCAUAUCAGGCAUACAGACAGACAAAUAAACAUACCUGACAGUUACCUGCCAUUAGUUUCAUAUCACCUGUCAGUAGACAGCUCUCAGAGUGACAGUUUAGCAGGGGAGGACUUCACCCCAGUAAAGUGUUGCUAUUGACAUUGUUGACAUGGUCUGUCAUGUAAGCUAGUCAUCAUCCACCAGGAUAUAUAGGUUCACGGUUCUGUUUCUUUUCUAUUCCCCUGCGUGAAAUGCACUGUAGUGGCGGAGUGUGUCCACUGGGUGGGGUUCUGGCGCCCUCUGCAGGACUGAAGGUGUGAUGGCUGGGAAUGUGUGUGAGAGAGGGUGAGAGAAGUGGAAAGGUUUUUACCUGCAGUUAUACACUACUAGCCCCAUGUUUUGAUUGGACGAUGCACCUUACAAAGCGAAGCACUCUGUUGUGAUUGGCGUGUUUAAACAGUUGCUGUCUGUCUGAUUGGCUGCGGUGGGAGGAGCAAACUGCGUUGGGACAGACUGGUCUUUUUGAGGAGCACAACAUUUCAGAAAAAAAUAGAAAUAUAUCGCAUAGAGCAGACGAGUUUCUCUAUCAUGUUGAAAAGAGGACCAUGACAGAUCUAUACAUUGUGUUUCUAUCUGCGAUGGUCUGAAAUGUUGCAUCUCUGUCACGUCUUUUAAUCUGCACUGGCCCAGAGGGGCUGUAUUUGAGGAGUUCUGUAAUAUUGUGGCUUUUCCUUUUCAUAUUAUUUUCUUUAUUGUUGUUGCUGUGUAUAUAUUUUACAGUGUAUUUAUAAUCUGUCUUUGAUUUGUUCUGCUGAUCAGUUUUUUCCAUUGCUCGGGUGAUCAUUAUUACUUCCCACCCUCAUUGUGUAGCAUAGGCAGAGGCUUGGGGUCCAAUGGGGAGUAUGUAUUCAUCCCAAAUGGCACCCUAUUCUCUAUAUAGUGCACUACUUCCUAUAGACCCUAGUCAAAUGUAGUGCACCACAAAAGGGAAUAGGGUGCCAUUUGGUAUGUGUUACUUAACCUAUGUUUGUUGCCAUAGUUGGUAAGUGUAUCAAAAAAGGGGACAGUGUCCAUGUGCUUUUGGGGCAAAGGAGUGUCAAAGACCACUCAAUAUUGUCAUCAGACUCAUGUGAGCGUUUGCACUGUUGCGCAAGGUAUGUGCUGCCAUUAUGAUGAUAUCAGAAAGAGUUGCAGGUGAGUCCUCGAGCGAUAGGCUCCAGUCUAGGGUUGAGCUGCCGGGUCACCCAUAACACAACAUUGACUUUAAUGGGAAUGUCCAUUCUAGUAAUAAUUUUUCUAUGGUGGUAUGACCCCCCCCCCCCCCCCCCCCCCCCCAAGUCACUCCGUUGAAGACCAAUAGCUUACAAAAGAGCCUGAGUCUCAUCUAGUAUUUCUAGAUCUCAUGAUUUAAUUGACUCUUGUUAUUAUCAUCUCUUCUUCAAAAGAAGGCCUGUAGCGAGGCUGACACACCCUCUUGUAGUCAGGCCCCUGGGUCCUGUUCACUAGGCCCCAAAUGGAAGAAAAUAGUUUGUUCUUGUCCAAUAAGAAACUGUCCUUUUUGUUUUCCGUUGCGAAACGUUUUUAAAACGUGUUCUCCUUUUGAACAGGGCCCAUAUGUUAAAAAGACAGAGAGAGAGAGGUGUGUGUGUACAACCCUGUUCCAGAACCACAGUUUUUGUUUUCAGAAGACUGUAAAAGCCCAUUUGGUUCUUUAGCAUGCUUUUGUUGUGUUUAUCCUGUAAUAGUGUAUCAUUGUAAAUGACUGACUGAGGGACACUGGACUGAUGAUUCCUUCCCAGUGUGUUGGGUCAGUCUGUGGUGUGACUGUGUUAAAUCAUCGCAACCACAUCUGAACAUGUAGUAUUAUUAUUAUUUUGUUUCUUAAUCAACAUAUUCUUUCCUUCCCUGUCUUUCUCCUUCUUUGCUUAUUGGUUUAUUCCUGGAUAUGUAAAUAAAAAUACAAUUUUGUAAGGAAAUGCC